AUGAGUUGUCAAGUCUUUCCUUCAGCUGACACCUUCGUCCCACUGAAUUCUGACUCAUCUCCCACUCUGCCUCUGAUAAUGCAUCACAGUGCUGCAGAGUGCUUACCCGUCUCCAAUCAUGCCACUAAUGUGGUGUCUACAGCAAGCGGACUGCAUUAUUCUGUCCCUUCAUGUCAUUAUGGAAAUCAGCAGGCUGCAUAUGGGGUAAUGGCAGGUAGCCUCACCCCUUGCCUUUAUAAAUUCCCUGACCAUGCUCUGAGUGCAAGUUCAUGUGCUCUGGGGCACAGCUUUGCUCCCAUGCACCCAACCAUCCUUGGAGAUGACCCAACCACCACUGAUUUUAAGCAGGAAUUCCGCAAGAAGAACAAAUCAAUAGAAGAACCAAUAGAUAUGGAUUCUCCAGAAAUCAGGGAGCUGGAAAAGUUUGCCAAUGAAUUCAAAUUGAGAAGAAUUAAGCUGGGAUAUACGCAGACAAAUGUCGGAGAAGCUCUGGCGGCUGUGCAUGGCUCUGAGUUUAGCCAAACAACUAUUUGCCGGUUUGAAAACCUGCAGCUGAGCUUCAAGAAUGCUUGCAAAUUAAAAUCAAUCCUCACAAAGUGGCUGGAAGAAGCAGAGCAAGUGGGAGCUUUAUACAGUGAAAAGGUUGGAGUGAAUGAACGGAAAAGAAAACGCAGAACGACAAUUAGCAUUGCUGCAAAAGAAGCCCUAGAAAGCCAUUUUGCGGAACAAAGCAAGCCUUCAUCUCAGGAGAUCAUGAGGAUGGCCGAGGGGCUCAAUCUGGAGAAGGAAGUGGUGCGAGUUUGGUUCUGCAACCGAAGGCAAAGAGAAAAGAGAGUGAAGACCAGUUUACACCAGAACACCUUCAGUUCCAUUAUUAAGGAUCAUCAAGAGUGCCAAUAG